CUCUAGGUGCCUCGGUGGCUGCGCUGAACGGCCAACAGACUUCCUUUCCAUUGUUACCGUUUAAGUGAGGCGAGCAUACUUAUGGUAGAUGCUAUGAACUAUAAAUAUAUUUAUCACAGAGGGCUUUUUCCUAUCUUGCACUAUAUUUAUUUAAUAGAAAAGCCCAACAAAUGGUCGAAGUUCAGUCAUUCUAAAGUGCCUCAAUCUAAAUUUCCUAAACCUAAAGUGCAUUCAAAAGUUAAUCCGUACAUUGGCAUUUUCUCUCAGUGAAUCUGUAUGCCGUCUAUCUGAAUUUGUAUUAUAUACCAUGUGUAUUCAGUGAAUAUUGGCAAACUGUGUGACUAACAUCAAUGAAUAUUGACAAACUGUGAAUCUAUAUGAGCGAGAAUUAUAAAAAUAGAGGUUAAUAACGUUAAUUUUGAUCUAAACCAGCAAUAAAAAUAUGAAAUACGUAAUUUUACGUUUUUCAUACUGACAAAUAAUAUAGUGCAAAAUACAUAAAUGUGAUUUAAUACAUAAAUCUGAUUUUCCAGUAUUCUCUCAGUCCUCUGCAGUAGUGAAGUAACCACAAAGAAAUCAUGGCCAAUAGGACCUGGAGUGAAUGGUUCUGUUUACCACCAAGUGUAACAUUUAAAGACGUUGAGGAAACAACCGGUGAGCCAUAUCCAAAUUUUCUAGAAUUUUGGAAAUGGGCUCUGAUUUUUGGCGCUGCGUUGUACAUUUUUAGAGAUUACAUCCUCAUCCCAUUAAUUCUGAAGCCCAUUGGCCUGAGAGCUGGCGUCAGGUCUCGGCCGUACGCUGCUCCACCGCCCAACAAAACUCUUGAAGAUUUGUAUGCUGUUAACCGAGCGCGACCGCCGCGCCAACUGCUGACAGCGGCCGCGUCGCGCAUCAACUGGUCGGAGCGAGCAGUCGAAAGAUGGCUUCGGAAAAAAGCUUUAUCUUCUCAGAUGACCACAUUAGAAAAAUUCUGUGACAUGGGUUGGCAGGGAUUCUUUUAUAGCUGCUUUUUUAUCACUGGAAUUUUCAUCGUUUUACCCCAAGAUUACGUUUGGGAUCCCUCUUUGGUCCUAAGCGAUAUGCCGUAUCAACGAACUCCAGCCAUAAUUUGGUGGUACUGCGCCUUCGAUUGUGGAUUCUACGUCACCCAAAUGUACACUUUGCUUACUCUGGACCGACGUCACGACUUCUACGUAAUGUUGAGCCAUCAUGUGGUAGUUUUCUCAAUCAAUUCAAUUUGUCUUUCCGUCAACGCAAUAAAAAUACUAUCGUUGAGCGUUUUAAUUCACGAGGUAGCCGAUAUACCCUUAUCUCUUGCUAAAAUGUGUGAUUACUCAAGUGGAAAAAAAUACGUAACGGCUUUAAUGGCAAUUUUCACUGUGGUUUGGAUUAUAACAAGACUUGGGCUUUAUCCGAUGUUAGUCAUUAAACCGCUACUUGUGUAUAAAUCCACUUCUGAUUUUGAGGUGUGGCCGGCGUUUAUAAUGGGUUUUACUAGCAUGUUUGUUUUACUGUUCCUGCACUGCGUUUGGACCUUGGAGCUAGCAAAGGCAAUCAAAAAUAAAUUAUCUAAAAAAGAAGGCUUCGCUGACGGUAGGUCAUCUGGUGAGGAACUUUCCGAGGACGAAAGUAUGACCGAAAACACAAAAAUGAACGAAAUCCAUGAGAAAAAUAAUGUUCCCAGGAAACGAAUAACGGGAGGCAGUGAGAAGCAAUUCGUUGUUUCUUCUACUGGCUAGAAUGUUUCUUUUCUUCUUCGAAAGCUGUUUCGAUCUGAUUUUUUUGUAAAUAAAUUGUGCGGACAUAGAUUUUAUUCUUAACGAGAAUAAUUAGAAUUUAUUUUGUAAAUUAUUAAUGAAAGAGUUUAUUAUUUUUAUUCUCGAGAGGAUCUCAACCUCUUCAGAAUCAAUUUGAAAAGGCUCAAACCGACAGAAAUCCCUGCCUCAGUUUCAUACACUUGAGAGUUAGCACCUCUAAACUAACAUAGCGUUCACUAACGUAGCGACUUGCCUAAAUUAUCCUACGAAUACCUUAGUAUUCCAAUGCUAUUCGUAUCUUAAGUGCAACGAGCCAGAUUUACGGGGGGUACUUAACAAAUACAUUGUAGCGGGCCAACUUUUGGCCGCACCUGAAACGCUUCUCGUCUAGCUUUAUAGAACGCCGCCCUUCUUGAAAUUUUCAAAAUUUGAAUGAAUAUAAUAAUGUAAAUCCCCUUCUUCGGUAGUAGUUUGGUAAUAAUAAAGAAGGGUCUUCCUAUAACUGAAGAUGUUCACUUGGUGGAUGAGCCGGAUGUAAUCUGCAUAAUAUUUUGUAACUUAAAAGUUGUAUUAUGGUUGUUAGUCAUCAGAUAAAUCUAAUAGCGUGUUUGACAGCACAAUUAUGCUAGUUCUUAUUAUUAAAUGGGACCAAGCAUGUCAAAUGAGUCCCAUAUACUACUUGUUCCUACAUGAUUAAUUUUAUUUUGUGCAACGUGUGCAAUAUCAGCCUCGUAUCGCGAGGCUGAUAUUGAAUAUUAAGUAUAUUAAUGUCGUAUACAAUUUACCGCGUCAAAAGUUUGCGUGGGACUCCACUCGUAAGCUUCAGUAAAUUUUACAUUCAAAUAUUAAGAUUUUAGGUAUUUUGAUCGUAAACAGCCUCUUAACACAUUCUCGGAUUUGUAUUAUAUGUUUACUUCGUGCGGAACGAGUAUUUCAUGAAUUGAUACGCUCAUAUCAUCUGAUAAAUCCUAAAUCUUCAUAGAACUGAAUUUAAUUUUACGUAUUCGCUUUUCGGAGUAAAGGUGAAAAAAUAUGAGGUUACGUUCACUUAAAUUACACAGAUUACAAAUGAAUGAGAUUUCGAAUUUUUCGAAUCUGAACAUUUUUAUCAGUUUUUGUAACUACUCAAUUUGUAACGAAACUUUCGUCCGAAAGCUCGGUGACUAGACAUGCAACGCUUGGAAUUCCAAGGCUUAUGAUAAAAUUGUACUAUGAAUUGUGAUGGAAUUGAAGCCUGUAAUUGUGAAGUAAAAUUUUGCCCUUUCGCCGAUUAUUAUCUUUAAAAAUGAGGCAAUGAUUUAUUACUGCAUGACUACCAAGAACUAUUCAGAGUAACUAAUGUAAAUUGUGUAAAUUGAUUGAUGAUGAAUUAAAAAUAAAAAUAAAACAAAGAACUGUCGUCAGAUUCUUUAUUGUAUGCAAAACAUGUGCUUCCCGCGUUACUUUCGAUUUGUUCUCUAUACAAUUGAACUAUGUAUAUAUUGAGUUAUAUGUAUAUAUAUAGAGCAAUAAUUUUCCUGUUAAUUUUGAAUCGAAUGAGGAUUCACAAGAAUUUUUAUCUCAUAUAUGAAAUCAAUAGGCAUUUAUAAGGCAUCAGAAAUGGUACGUUUUGAUUUCUCUGAAAUAUUUUUAGCCUCGUGUAUUGUGAACAAAGAUAAAGUUAGCUAGCUGUAAGUAAUUAAUUAUAUAACUUUCUAGAUAAAUUUUUUAGUUGAUGAGCAAUUAAAAGACCGAUGCUUGCAUGGGUGCAUGUCAAUAUAUUAUACUUGUUCCAUAAAACA